AAUGAAUUCGAGGGAGGCACAUGAAUCUUCAUGGAAACUUGCGGUCCUCCUCCGCGUUGCAACGCGUAUGAAUCAAUUCUACGCGUUAUCUCCUACUUCUUUCUCCCUUUUGAAUACCCUACUGUAAACUCUUCAUCCACACUCAUCGUUCUUAGCUUUCUACUUCUCAUGGCUUUGCUACCAUCAUUUUCCUCACCUUCCUGCAUCUACGAUGCAUUCCUCAGCUUCAGAGGUCCGGAUACUCGCCACGGUUUUGCUGGCAAUCUCUGGAAAGCUCUUUCGGACCGUGGAAUCCACACAUUCAUCGAUGAUGUGGAGCUCGAGAGAGGGGAGGAAAUCACACCAGCUCUUGUCAAGGCCAUUGAUGAGUCAAGGAUUGCUAUCCCCGUGUUCUCCACCAACUACGCCUCUUCUUCAUUUUGCUUGGAUGAGCUUGUCAACAUCCUUGAUCACGUUAAGGCAAAGGGUCGAUUGGUUUUACCCAUUUUCUAUAACGUGGAUCCUUCUCAUGUGCGUCAUCAGAUUGGGAGUUUUGGAGAAGCACUUGCUAAGCACGAAGAGAGGUUCAAAAAUAACAUAGGAAAUUUCAAGUGUAACAUGGAGAGGUUGCAGAAAUGGAAGGUGGCUCUGCACCAAGUAGCUAACUUGUCCGGCCACCAUUUCAAACUCGGGAAUGAGUAUGAACAUGACUUCAUUGCAAAGAUAGUUAAGGAGGUCUCUAGUAACAUUAAUCGCACUCUUUUACAUGUUGCAAACUACCCUGUCGGAUUGAAGUCUCGAGUGGAGAAAGUACUCUCGCUUCUCGAUCUUGCAUCCGAUGAUGGAGUCUUCAUGGUAGGGAUCUACGGAAUUGGGGGAAUUGGCAAAACAACACUUGUGCGAGCAGUUUAUAAUUUGAUUGCCAACCGAUUUAAAGGUUUUUGUUUUCUUCAUAAUGUGAGAGAGAAUUCAAACAAACAUGGCUUAGAACAUCUCCAAGAGAAGCUCCUUUCUAAAACACUUGGAUUAAACAUUAACUUUGGAGAAGUCAGUGAAGGAAUUUCAAUAAUAAAGCAAAGGCUACAUAGAAAAAAGGUUCUUUUGGUUUUAGAUGACGUUGAUGAAUUGAAGCAGUUGCAGGCUAUGGUUGGAGGACAUGAUUGGCUUGGUCCUGGCAGCAGAGUUGUUAUUACUACUCGAGACAAACAUUUGCUAGAAAGACAUGGGAUUGAAAGAACAUAUGAAGUGGAUGAGUUAAAUUGGGAAGAAGCUCUUGCAUUGCUUAGGUGGAGUGCUUUUAAAAGUAAUGAAGUUGAUUCAAAGUACAAGGACAUUUUAAACUGUGCAGUAACUUAUGCUUCUGGUCUUCCAUUGGCUUUGGAAGUGAUUGGUUCCAACUUGUUUGGAAAAAGUAUUGAAGAAUGGAAAUCUGCAUUAGAUAGAUACAAAAGGAUUCCCAAUAAAGAGAUCCAAAAGUUACUUAAAGUAAGCUUUGAUGCUUUGGAGGAGGAAGAUAAGAGUGUUUUUCUUGACAUUGCUUGUUGCUUCAAAUGGUAUCCAUUGGUGGAAGUUUACCAUAUGCUUCAUGCUCAUCAUGGUGUGUGCAUGAAACACCACAUUGGAGUAUUGGUUGAAAAAUCUCUCAUAAAGAUCAUAAAGGAGGAGGAUUGUAGCAAAAUAACAAUACAUGACUUGAUAGAGGAUAUGGGUAAGGAAAUUGUUCGGUUUGAAUCGCCAAAAGAGCCUGGGAAGCGCAGUAGGCUAUGGUUCCAUAAAGAUAUAGUUCAUGUUUUAGAAGACAAUACGGGGACAUGUGAAAUAGAAAUCAUAUAUUUGCAUUGCCCCUCAGCUGAAGCACUAGUAGAAGGGAAUGGAAAGGCCUUUAAGAAGAUGAAAAAUCUUAAAACACUUAUUAUUAAAAGUGGUCAUUUUUCUGAAGUUCCAAAAUAUCUUCCAAGUAGUUUGAGAGUACUGGAAUGGCAGAGAUAUCCUUCACAAUAUUUACCAUCUGAUUUCUAUCCAAAGAAACUUACCGUAUGCAAGUUAUCCAACAGUUGCUUCACAUCAUUCAAAUUGUCUGGCUUAUUGAAUAAGAAGUUCAUCAAUCUGAAAAUUUUGAAUUUUGACUAUUGUGAAUAUUUGACUGAGAUACCUGAUGUAUCUGAUCUGAACUUGGAAGAACUUUCAUUUGAAUAUUGUGAGGAAUUAGUUACAAUCCACAGUUCAGUUGGGUUUCUGGAUAAACUUAGGAUCUUGAAUGCUGAAGGUUGCAGUAAGCUUAGGAGUUUUCCACCCAUGGAGUUGAGCUCUCUUGAAAGACUGAAUCUUUCACAUUGCAGGAGUCUCGAGAGUUUUCCUGAAAUAUUAGGAAAGAUGGAAAAUUUAAAAGGCAUUUAUUUGGAGCGUACUUCCAUAGAAGAAUUGCCUUUUUCAUUUGGAAAUCUUGUUGGGCUUGAUACAUUAAUACUUGAAGAAUCUGAAAUGUUUAGAUUAACAAGUAGCAUUGUCAUGAUGCCAAAUCUUUCUGCAUUUGUCGCUAUGGAUUUGAAUGGGUUUCUAUUGCAAGAAGAGGAUGAUAAAUUAAGCGCAAUGAUGCCUUCAAAUGUACAACAUCUUUGUCUCUCGAACUGCAAGCUGUCAGAUGAAUUUCUUCCACUAAGUCUCUCGUUGUUUGCUAAUGUUGAAGAAUUAGACUUAUCAUGGAAUGAUUUCACAUUUCUUCCUGAAUGCAUCAAAGAAUGUCGCUUUUUGUGGAAGCUUACAUUGAACAAAUGCAAGCGUCUUCGAGAAAUUAGAGGGAUUCCUCCCAACUUGAAACAUUUCUGCGCAAUGGACUGCAAAUCUUUGACCUCCUCCUGCAUAAGCAUGUUCCUGAAUCAGGAACUCCACGAGGAUGGAAACACUGAAUUUUGUUUGCCAGGUAUUCCAUGGAUUCCGGAGUGGUUUGAGCACCGAAGCUGGAGACCAUCAAUUUCUUUCUGGUUUCGUGGCAAGCUCCCUUCCAUAGCUCUCUUCCUUGUUAGUAAAUCGAUGGAGUCUUCACUGGGACUGAAUUUUAUCAUCAAUGGCCAUGAAUAUGCUCUUGCUCAUAUAUUUCAUCCCGUCUAUCGCACGAUAAGGCCAGAUCAUGCAUAUCUUUAUGAUCUGCAGCUACAAGGAAGGAAAUUCAAAGACAUUGACCAAGCACUUUUAGAAAAUGAAUGGAACCAUGCUGAGAUUAUACUUGUAAGUUUUUUGAGCACAUUUAUAGGGACUGGAAUCCAUAUAUUCAAACAGAAGAGCAGCAUCGAGCAUAUUCGAUUCACCUGUCCUUAUAAAAAGAGAAAAUUAGACUAUGAUCACCAUAACAAUCAUAGAAAUUCCCGAACUAUUCGUUCGAGUGCUUGGCAUCCUCUUCCAAGGGGGGUAUUUAAAUUCAAUGUUGAUGGAUCUUCCUGAGGAUCCUCGAGAGCCAAUGGUAUUGGAGGUGUGCUAAGGGACUCGAAUGGCAUAAUUAAAGGGUUCUUCUCUAAGGCUGUGGGGUUUGCUGGGCAUAUGAAGCUGAGGUGAACGCAAUCCUUAAUGCGUUGCUGUUCUGUAAGCAAUUCUCGGCGUCACACUUCAUGAUAGAAAGCGACUUGUAUUUGGCAGUCGGUUGGGUGCGCUGUCGAGAUAACAGACCUUGGAAAUUGCUCAAUGACUUGAAUUUAAUUGAUCUGCUGCUAUCAGAGUUGGAUUGCAUUGAAAUCUUCCACAUUUUCAGAGAAGGCAGUGGAGAAUUCAAUUGAGGAACUAAGGAAAUAGCAGUCAAUCUGAAUGGUCAAUCUGAAUACACAGGGCUUGGCAAUGUCUUCCAAUGUAGACUAUCUUCAUCUCCCAGACUGCAACCUGUCAGAUGAACUUCUUCCAAUAUGUAUCACAUGGUUUGCUAAUGUGAAAUAUUUAAUCCUGUCGGGGAACAAUUUCACCAUUCUUCCUGAAUGCAUAAAACAAUGUACCUCUUUAUGGUGACUUGAUUUGUUGCAAGCGUCUGCAAGAAAUUAGAGGGAUUCCACCAAAAUUAAAACGUUUCUCUGCAUCAGGAUGUGAAUCAUUGACUUCCUCAAGUAUAAACAUGUUACUGAAUCAGGAACUUCAUGUGGCUGGAGAUACCGAGUUUUCUUUGCCAGGAGCAGAAAGAGUUCCAGAGUGGUUCGAGCACCAAAGCAAGGGACUGUCAAUUUCUUUCUGGUUUCAUGACCAGAUCCCUUCAAUAGUUCUCUGCAUUGUUGCGAGCACCAACAGUUUAUUUCCUUUCUUUCCUGUCGAUCUAAUUGUCAAUGGCUAUAAAUGUGCUCUUGGCUAUCCAUAUCAUGGUUUCCAUCUGAAGGUAAAACCGAAUCAUACAUAUCUUUAUGAUCUGAAACUGAAAGAUAUGCAAUUCAACUACACAUUGGACAUCAACAAAGUACUUGUUGAUAAGGAAUGGAACCAUGUGGAGGUUACAUGUGAGAAUUGGAUGAUGAAAUCAAUGCCUCCAGAAUAAGGAAUCCAUAUAUUCAAACGGGAAAGUAGCAUGGAGGAUGUUUGAUUCACUCAUCCUUAUAAAAGAAGAAAAUUAGAUGAUGAUCACAAUUCACAAUAGUUCAGAAUCGCCGAACCACCGUUGCUGAAAAAACAUAGAUUCAUGGACAAGGAAGUUUCUGAAACAAUUUAAGCAGCACUAACAAUAUAUGGAUUAACUGUCAUGCUCAUGCACAUGUGAAACUGUCCAUAUGUGGUUUUCACUUCAGUUCUUCCUGCUCCCGCAAUGCAUCCAUUGGAUGAUGAUGUGAAUUAUGAUUCUGGUUCAAUGGUAUCCAUGUGCUGAAACUAGAUCAAAAAGGCAAUGGUUGGAUGGCUUUGCUCAAACUAAACCUUGUUCUUCUUACUGGGAAAGAGCUACAUGAUCUACAGGAAGUUGUUACCUGUUAAGGAACUGAAUCUGAGAACUAGCACUUAAGAGGUCCUUUUGUAUGGCUCAUGACAGUUGUUCUCUUGUGCUGCCCGAGUAGUAGCUAAUUUUUCUAGUGGAGACUUAUUGUACUGGUGAAUCUUGGUCUGAUUAGACCUCAUGUAAUUCUAGUUUCCACCAGUGUUGUGUUUCAUUGUUUUUACUUGUUAUUAUCUGUACUUGUAGUUUACAUCAUCUUUAUAGCUGUUUACAUCAUCUUUAUAGCUUAUGGAAUCAAUAAAUUGUGCAAGUACUUGUAAAUGUGUAGUAGAAUAGAAAGCAAAUGUAAAAAUAAAGAAAGGUUUCUGACU